AUGCGUCUUGAAGCCAUUCUCCACGUCGGUGCCAUCCUGCUGGCUUCGGUAAAUACAUCAUUUGCCAUCACAGCGAGGCGUAAUGUUCCUCUCGAAAAUGACGACUCAUUACCUCGGUCGCUUGAUGAAGGCUUCAUCGACAAGUUUCCAAAAAUGUCCUACGAGCAAGCAGGUCAUCUCCGACACUUUCAUAACCUAGCAAGCCAAAAAGACGGCGAGUGGCGCCACAUGGGAUCUCAAGUUGCCGGUCAGGAAUGGCUUGAUGGGUACCGAUACCAACUUGCGACCAUGACAUACGCUGCAGGGGCAACUCAUUACUUUCGGCUGCCGCUUCUAAGGUCUCUGUUCAAGAGCUUAUUUGAGCAGCUCAUCUCCAAAAUGCUGCUGCGAGAUGUUUGGGGCUAUUGGUAUCUCACUAGCCACAGCGGCACUCUUGUAGACCCCGAUCUCACCGAGUUGCGGAAGCCCUGGGCGGAUCCGUAUUCUGGUCACCUCCUCCACAUGGUGUCAUUGUACACGAUGCUGUUUGACGAUGACAAGUAUAACGAAUAUGGUGCUCUGGAGUUCAACUGGAUGCCAAUCUUCUGGGGCAUGGGGCCAGAAAAGUUCAUCUAUAACCGGACGUCCCUGCAACAAGCGAUAUUGAAGGGCAUGGAGGGAGAAAAUUGGCUCGGCGUCUGCUGUGAGCCAAACAGCAUUUUUGUCGUCUGCAACCAGUUUCCUAUGAUCGGGAUGCGGUACAACGAUAUUCGGGACAAUACUCGUAUAGCCCCCACCGUUCUUGAAACAUACGAGGAGGCUUGGAAGUCCAAGGGCAUGUUCCAAGACGAUGGCCUCAUGAUUGAUUGGUUUUCUCCAAAGCAAGACAGAAAGACGCUUGCCAAGGACCCUGGGUUCACAGCCUGGGCUGCUGCUUUUAUGAACGCUUGGAAUCCAGAAGUGGCAAAGGUCGCGUAUGACACGGCAUAUGACAGGGUGAUGGAGAUGAUGAUGCCACCGAAUAAGUCUACAGCUACGGAAGUGUCAACGACCUUGAUCUCCAGGGCGCAAUCUCCCGGUCCUCAGCAGCCCAUGACCAAGCCCAUCCUUGGAUACGCAGCGCAGAUGAUCUCUGAACUCGGCGACAAGGCCACCUUGGGCCAGUACCUACGCUUUUUCGACGAAGCUUACCCCCCAACCUGGGAACAAGGCGGGCUCUUUUACCCAACCACUGCUCAGGGAAAUGGCAGUCUACCUCCCAUGGAUGCCUUCACUGGCAACGCUGCCAUCCCCUACGCGAAGUUGAAUGUCUUCCAGGGCCAACGCACAAUGUACGAGAAUCCUUGGGCCGAGAAGCACUUUUCUACUUACCCAUUCAUCGACAACAUCGACCUCUCUAGCGGUGUUGACUUUCUGCGCGGAAGCUGGGACGAAGACCUUGCAGCCAUGGCUAUCACUAUGCGCUCGUAUUCAGGGGAGGACAAGACUGUAAAGUUCCAUAUCACGGGACUCGGUCCUGGAAAAUACAGCCUUUACGAAAAUCGAGAACUGCUUGGCGCAUACGAAAUCCAGGCCAGAGCAGACAUGAUCCAGCUUGAACGGAAAGUGACAGGAGAUGGCAUGGAUAUUGUCAUAAAGAGUAUAGACACUGUUUCAGUGCUUCCUCUAGUACAGGUAUCCCGGUGGGAAUCGGUGCUGGAAUGGGGCAUGUGCAUCUUGGGAACUCGAGCCAAACGUCUCAUGAGGUAUCUUUGGGUUUAA